AUGGGGGUUGACGUUGGGCCAACCACCCAACUCGUAACACCAAAACAGGUUCCGAAACAAAACAAACCUCAGCCUCGGAUGAACAGUAAAAAUUUGGAAAAGUUGAGUUUAGGAACUUGGAACGUGCGCACGUUAUAUGCUACGGGCGCUUUGAUGACAGUCGUUUCAGCAAUAGAAACGCACAGAUUAGAUAUAGUGGCCAUUCAAGAACUGAGAUGGACAGGAUCAGGAAGUAUAAGGUCAAAUACCCAUACAGUGUUUUACAGCUCUGACACAAAUCACGAAUCUGGAGUAGGCUUUAUAAUCAAGAAUGAUAUACUCCCAUAUGUUAAGAAUUUUAUAGCGUAUAAUGAAAGACUGUGCUACAUACAAGUCGAAUGUAAAUGGUUAAACAUGACAUUAGUAAAUGGUUAUGCACCAACAGAGGAAAAAGGAAAUCAGAUCAAGGAAAAAUUCUAUAGCGAGUUAGAUACCAUAUAUGAAUGCAUACCAAAAAGAAUACCGAAAAUAAUAAUGGGGGACUUUAAUGCAAAGAUAGGGAAAGAGAGAGUUUUUGAACCUACAAUCGGCCAAGAAAGCCUACAUCAAAUAUCCAAUGACUACGGGAUAAGACUCAUUACAUUUGCAGGAUCUAAGAAUAUGCGGAUCAGUAGUACCUUUUUCCCACAUAAGAGAAUACACAAACAGACAUGGAUGUCAACAAACGGAACCACAAAAAACCAGAUUGACCACGUAGCGACAGAUAACAUAAUAAAACAUUGGAUUCAGGAUGUAAGAARUCACAGGGGGGUAGGAGCCCACUCAGACCACUUCGUAGUUAAAACGACACUCCGUCUAAAACUACCAAGUCAAUGGACGCAGAAGCCUAGAGAUAAAACAAAAUUGAACAUAGAAAACAUGAAAAAGGAGAGCAUCUCACAAGACAUUCAAAAGAAAUGGGAAAAUCUAAGAACCAUUAUUAAAACAACAGCGGAAGAARCAAUUGGACUAGAACCCAGGAGAAGACAAAAUAAAUGGUUCAAUGAUAACUKUAAGAAGGCGAUAGAAGACAGAGACAAAGCAAGAAUUGAAGUAUUGAGAYCUAACACCGAAGAAAAAUUGCAAAUAUAG